AUGGAAGAAGGGAUGGAAGAAGAGAUGGAGGAAGAGAUGGAAGAAGAAAUGGAAGAAGAGAUGGAAGAAGAGAUGGAAGAAGAGAUGGAAAAAGAGAUGGAAGAAGAGAUGCUUGUGACGGAAUGCUUACAUGCUAUUGGUUUAAUUACUCAUUAUUAAUUGAAUUAUUAAUGAAUUUGAGAAAUUAAAUUACGACAUGGAGCAGGAAUCAGAGUAAGAUGAGAUGGAAGAAGGGAUGGAAGAAGAGAUGGAGGAAGAGAUGGAAGAAGAAAUGGAAGAAGAGAUGGAAGAAGAGAUGGAAGAAGAGAUGGAAGAAGAGAUGGAAGAAGAGAUGGAAGAAGAGAUGGAAGAAGAGAUGGAAGAAGAGAUGGAAGAAGAGAUGGAAGAAGACAUGGAAGAAGAGAUGGAAGAAGUGUUAAACCUUGCUACACUUCCCUCAAGAUUGCCGGGUGUCAGCCUGUCUGAAAGAAGAAUAACCCGUUUCCUUCUCAGCUAA